AUGAUUUGCGAACUUCUCCCGGUCGAUGAUCAAGUACAUGCUCGUCUGGUCAACAAAGCAUGGAGUUCUGUAGCUGGCACAGUACUUUGGAACACCUUCACGACCAAUCUCGAUGAAGGCAGCACAAUCGAUGCGCUACUUCGUUCAGAUGAUAUUUUGGACAUGAUCAAGGAGCUGGAUAUUGACGGAUGCAAUUACGGGGAAGAACAUUUCCCCACCACUACGGAAAUCUCAAGUCGUUUUGUACAGCUUCUGUGCGCGCUACCGCAAAACAGCCUUCGAGCGUUUACGACCACGCUAAACUUUGACGAACGUACGGUUGGUCUUAUACUCAAGACUCAAUCUCAGCUGUCGAAACUUUCGUUUCCCUCAACGACCCUGCACGACAAGCUACUUACAGGAAAUCUAGAUAAGCUGGAAGAUUUGACACUUCUACCACAAGAAGCAGAUCGCCAUGCCGAUGCCAAAUGUUUAGCUUUCACUCCCGUUCUCCGAAGACUCGCAAUCAAACCCAAGGCUCAAGAUGCACACAACGGAAGACCCUACUCCUGGAGUAUGCCAAAACUGGAAGUGCUCUUGGAUCUACGCAAUAUCGAGAUUCACUCUGCGUUCAUCGAAGAGCAAGAAGAUUGCUUCGGCGGUUUGACCAACCUGAGUAGCCUACAAAGUCUGCUUCUGAGUAAUUGUUCGGAUAUGCCGCGCACCGUACAGUGCCUCGCCGAUGAGUUUCUCAAAUGCGAUAAGCCCGCCCUCAACUCAGUCAACUUCCGACAACUGAACGGUCUGGAAGGAGACAAGCCAUUUGACACCGAAAUCGAAUACUUUCUUGAAGCCGUUCCGACACUCGAGACUCUCUGCAUCACCACAAUCAAGGCCAUGCGCCCGUCUAUUGGUAGCAUCUGCCGCCACGGAGAAUCUCUGCGCUACCUGCACAUUGAUCACUUCCCCAAUCUUUACGAGUACAGAGGUCUCUAUACGGGAAAUGUCGAACGGUAUACGCCUCAAGAGCUUGAGAGGCUCGUGGCAAGUUGUCCGCGCAUUGAAGCGCUCAGUCUUAAUCUUGUUGAUUGGGACCUUGGAGACUAUACUGCAUAUGACACUUUCAAUGUGCACGAUACCGGACGAGGUUUACAGGAGGAUGUGAAAGUUUCCGAUCUCUUACUACCUCUCACCCAACUACGCAACCUCCGCAAUCUCCGUAUUACCUAUCCUUUGUUUCAAGCACAAAAUGAGGAGCAGGAGGAGACAUAUGACUACAUCAUCCACAGACAUCAACUCCGCUAUCAACAAGUAGCCAAUGUCAUCAUGGAGUUUUUUGCAGACCACGAAUCGCCCAUCGAGCUUCUUGCCUUUGGUCCGGGCUACUGGCCAGAAGAUACAUACUCGUCGGCGGGCUGGAUGGACAUGAAUGGGCAUUCAUUUCCCGACUUCUCCUACCGUCGCGGAAUAGUGACAGUAGCAAUGCGCGGAGGAAAGCAGGUUUCGCGCGCUGUUGCCGUUCCCAUGCUAGAACAAGGCCAACAUGAGGCUAUGCUUUUCUGGAAGUAA